UUACCCGGAAGUUUACGUCAGUUGUCUUCUCCCAGCAACAGAGCUGUUCUGUUAGCUUUUGUUAGCUGUUAUUCUGCUGAGCUCGGGGACUAAUUUCUGACACAGGUCUCUCCACACACCAUUAAAAUGGCUGAAGUAGAGGAAACUCUGAAGAGAAUCCAGAGUCAGAACGGAGUGCAGGGGAUCAUCAUCGUCAAUACAGAAGGAAUCCCCAUCAAGACGACCCUGGACAACGCCAGCACGGUGCAGUACGCGGGACUGAUCCACCAGCUGGUGAUGAAGGCCCGGAGCACCGUGCGAGACAUCGACCCCCAGAACGACCUCACCUUCCUCCGGAUCCGCUCCAAGAAGAAUGAGAUCAUGAUCGCUCCAGAUAAGGACUAUUUCUUGAUCGUCAUUCAGAACCCCUCGGACUGAACAAGAAGCAGACCCCCCCCCCCGACUCAUCACUCUCUUCAUAUAUUUAAAAACAGCCAAACAUUUCCUCUUUGUCUCGCUGAAAUCAAAAGAGCCCGUUUACCUGAAGCUUUUUUAAUGUAAUGCACUCGCUGCACCAGGGAGUAACGAAAGCCCCCCCUGCUUCAACGACAACAUGUAUGAACCAUAAGACAGCCGACCACUCUGCUGGCUAAUUUCUUUUUUCCUACGUUUAGCAUUCCAGUCCGGCCUCCUCUCUGUGCGUAGUGUAUGUUAUGUCACUGUGUUUAUCUCCGAGGUGUUUUAGCACAUGGUGAGAAAUGUUCACCUGCUAAAAUACAUCUGGCAGAAGUAGAAAAACUGGAUCAGUGCAUACAUGUCUGCAAAGUGUACGAGAGAGACAGACAGACAGAGAGGCCACAGACCACAUCUGUAAGUUUGAGGAUGUUUUUCAGUUCUACCUUAAUGGAAAAACUUAGGAUUGUUAUUUAUUGUUUUGUUGGCGAAAGACGUUGAAGUACAGAUCGACGCCACCUACACUACCAACUCUUCUCUGCUCCGCCACGUCACCUUCCUGAUGGUUAUUUUGAACAAAUUAAGAAAUAAAAAAAAAAGUAAAAAU